AUGCUGAUGAUCAUAUGUGAAGAUCUCAAAUCCGAGAACAUCCUUCUUUCAAUACCUGAACCAAGGGCUUCUCGAAUCAGCGAAUACAUUCAGUCGGAGCCUGUAUUCAUUUAUGGCCCUCCCCUAGAACUCAAAUCAUUGGAUUUACCCCUUGUCUUUUCAUGUUCACAGCCUCUACCGUAUUUUAGCCUUUGUGAAUCUGUUGAGGAUAUAUCGGUGCGAGUGAUGGAUUACAGCGAAGCCACUCCCGUCGACGCACCCGGGAGAGAGUAUUUUCGUCAACCAUCUAUAAUCCGCGCCCCCGAAGUCACCCUCAGAUAUCCUUGGACGUCCGCCAUCGACAUCUGGACUGUCGGUUGCCUUGUGUUUGAGCUUCUCACCAAUUUGCCCCUUUUCGGCCAGGACGUUCAUAAUUACUCGCAUGAACUCCAUUUGCAAUAUAUGGUAGAGGUUUUAGGGCCGUUCCCACUUGAAUUCCUCAAAGAUUGCGAGGAUCGGGACAAAUACUUUGAUGAGAAAGGCACGCUUCUUCACAAAAUCAGCGAAUUCGAAACAUCCACCCUCGAAGUCCCUUUGCGAGAACUUAAAGUCGUUGACGAGAGCGAGAUUCUAGGCACCGCUGCAUUCUUGCGCAGAUGCUUGACGUUAGAUCCGAAACUGCGACCGAGUGCCCAAGAGCUACUGAAAGAUGGGUGGCUAUCGUAA